AUGGAAUCAGAAACAAAUUCUCGUUCGCGCGGGCUCUUUGGAAAGAUAGCCCGUAAAUUAAGUCAACGAGGUACAACGAAAGGUGGUUCUGAAGCUCGGACCGCAGAAGGUGCAACAAAAUCGACUACCGGUAUCGGGCCUCCAAAGGUUUUAUUCCCUGGGGAGACUUUGCAUCGAAAUAGCAAGAUCAGACGGUCUCUCAAAAAUGCCAAACGAAUCCUGGAAAUGGGCCUAGGGUCGCCUGAGUCCCGUACAAGCCCGGCCGAGAGAAAAAACCAUGAAAUUGACCAUCUCAGCAUUAUCUCUUUAUUUGGUAGAGAUCAUCUAAACCAUACCACGCUCUGGCCCUCUAAUAGACACGCUAUUAAGCCCACUUCCGAAGGAAAAGAAAACUGUAAUUCUCCAGAGACAUUAAAUGUAAAGGUGGACGAGCUAGGCAGGCCACGCCCGAAGCCCAUAGUUUACCCACUCUCAGAAAAACAACCCAAAAUAGUGGAAUAUUUGACCGAGCAAGAAAUUGCUGAUGGCGAUUUUUAUAUUACAAUUGGGGAACCGAAACGCACAGCACUUCUUAGUGAGAUAAAGGCUCUUUAUCUCAACGAAAUGCGUAAUGCUAUCAAGCAAAACCAAAAUUGGAUUAUGAAUUUUGAUUGUCAUCCACAAGGACCUUUAGAAUUCAGAGAACGCAAUGACAAAUAUAUCACUUUUCUUCAAAAUUUACGGAAUUUACUGACAUACGAAACAGGCCUCUUAGAGGAGAUAUAUGACAGGUAUGAUAUGCUUCUCGAAGAGAACGAACUAUUGCACAAGCUUCUUGUCAACAAAGAGACAAUGGUUUCUCCAAAUAUAGUACGAAGCGAAGUUUGA